AUGGGAACAUCCGUCGAGCAAGCAGCACAGCAGAUGCUGACGGUUCUUGAGAAAACCGUAUCGCAAAGUGAAUCAUUUCAGUUUUAAAAUCUUCUAACAAAUAUUUCCAGAUACAAAUGAUCAGAAACAGGCCAUGGAAUAUAUCGCGCAGGCAUGUCAGACCGAUUUUCCAAUCUUCGUUCAGUGCCUCAGUAUGAUCCUCCGGACUCCGCAGUGUCAGUCAUUUGUCCGUCAGGCGGCUGGAUUGCAACUGAAGAACGUGUUGCGUGCCCAAGAUGCGGAAACCAAAAAUGCAUACCUGCAGCGGUAAAAAAUGUUUUCAAGGCUUAUUCAAACCAAUUUCUGAUUAAAGAUGGUUACAAUUGGCAGCCGACGUCCGAGAGUCAGUAAAAACGAAUGUGACCGGUACUUUGGGAACCGAAACUUCGAGGCCUUCGAUCUCCGCUCAGUGCGUCGCCGCCAUCGCUUGCGCCGAAGUUCCUCAGAAUGUAGGCGCUGAAUCUAAGAGAAAAACGAGUACUUUCGCUUUUCAGCUGUGGCCCGAUGUGAUAAAUCUUCUGAAAAACAACGUCACCGAGCCUCAGAGCGGAGAGAUGUUGAAAGAGUCGUCGUUGGAAACACUCGGAUACAUCUGCCAGGACAUUGACCCACGGGUGCUAGAAAAGAAGGCGAACGAUGUCUUGACGGCUAUCAUCCACGGAAUGCGCCCGGAAGAGGUCUCUGGCAACGUCCGCUUUGCUGCCACAAAUGCCUUAUUGAAUUCGCUUGAGUUCACGAAGACAAACUUUGAAACCGAGGUACAUUGAUUUUACAUCUCCCGACUCUCAUAGCAAUUCACUUGAAGGCUGAACGAAACAUCAUAAUGCAAGUUGUGUGCGAGUCGACGAACAGCCCCGAUCAGCGCGUUAAAGUUGCUGCUCUCCAAUGCCUCGUUCGAAUCAUGCAGCUGUACUACGAGUACAUGAUGCCGUACAUGGGAAACGGGCUCUUUCAGGUAAACGAAAAGUGUGAAAGCUUCUCAGUAGUUUGUAUUUCAGAUCACAUUGGGCGCAAUGAAAUCGGUUGAAGCGGAUGUGGCAAUGCAAGGAAUGGAGUUCUGGUCGACUGUGGCCGAGGAAGAAUUCGACCUCAUAAUGGCGUAUGAAGAUGUAGGCAACUAACUAUUGGGACCUAUUAUAAAAAACGAAUUUCUUUAGGAUAUUGAGAGAGGAGAUGCACAUGCCACGUGCACGUCUCUUCAAUUCAUGCAACAAGCUGCUUCUCACGUGUGUCCUGUUCUUCUCGAAGCCAUGGCUCAGCAUGACGACGGAGAUGAGGACGAUUGGACACCUGCGAAGGCAGCGGGUGUCUGUUUGAUGCUGGCCGCGCAGUGCGUCCGAGAUGACAUUGUCAACUACGUUAUGCCGUUCUUCAAACACUUCCAGAAUCCUAACUGGAAGUACAAAGAGGCUGCUAUCAUGGCGUUUGGAUCGAUUCUUGACGGACCAGACCCGAAAAAGCUCUUGCCAAUGGCCCAAGAAGCUCUCCCAGCCAUCGUCGCCGCCAUGUGUGACAAAAAUGUAUUUUUAUUCAUUUUUGAAUGCUUCUUUACAUUUAAUUCCAGGUGAAUGUGCGUGACACUGCUGCAUGGGCUCUCGGAAGAGUCAUCGACACUUGCCCUGAGCUUGUCAACAACGCCGAGCUCCUGCAGUCGGUUCUGCCCGCCCUUUCGAACGGACUCCAUCAAGAGCCAAGAGUUGCCAACAAUGUCUGCUGGGUAUGCAAUUAAUCUCCUCUGUAUAAUCUUAAAUAUUUGCAUUUCAGGCUCUGGUUUCUCUCGUCAAAGCUUGUUACGAAUUGGCUGUUUCUGCUGGAACUGACGGAAGUGGUCAGCCGGACACCUUUGCGCUUUCUGGAGUUUUCGAACCGAUGGUCGGUGAGCUAAUCAAGAUCACGGACCGAAUCGACGGAAAUCAGUCUAACCUCCGUAUCACCGCGUACGAGGCGCUUAUGGAGUUAAUCAAGCAUUCACCCAAAGACUGCUAUUCCACAGUUCGCAACACAACGGUCGUAAUUUUGAAGAAGCUCGAAAGCCUGCUUCAAAUGGAGAGCCAGGCAACCAACGAGGCGGACAAGGCUCAAGUACGGGAUCUUCAAGCCAUGCUGUGUGCCACGCUGCAGUCGGUGACCAGAAAAAUGCAACCGGCAGAUAUACCAGCUGUCGGAGAGCACAUCAUGAACGGACUUCUCCAGAUUAUGAGCAGAGCCGCAACCACGAGGAGCAACACCGUCAUGGAGGAAGCCCUCAUGGCUGUCGCUUGCCUUGCCGAACGUAUGCUGUCCUACUUUUUCCAAGAAACGUAUUGUAAUGUUUCAGAUCUGCGAAAAGAAUUCAUCCAGUACAUGGAAGUUCUGAAGCCGUACCUACUUGAAGGUCUUUCUAACACAGAGGAUGCUCAAGUCUGCGCUGCGGCCGUCGGAGUCGUCACUGAUCUCAGUCGUGCUCUCGAAGGUGGCAUCUUCCCGUAUCUGGACGAAUUGAUUGCCAAACUGAUCGCGUGCCUUCAGGUGAGAUAAGUUAGAAAGUUUGCUUGCAUAUUGUCGCAUUUCAGGCUCCAAGAUUGAACAGAGACGUGAAAGUUGUCAUCAUUGGUACAUUCGCUGAUAUUGCGAUGGCCAUUGAGGGCCGCUUCGAAAGAUAUCUGGCUGCCGUCGUUGCCAUUCUGAAUGAUGCUCAACAAGCUGCUGUUGUCACGGAUCCGGUAAAGACAUGUGAAUCUGCUUUUCAAAAGAUAUCAUCUUUAGAAUGACGACGAACAGGUCGACUACGUGGACAGACUGCGGGAAGCAUGCCUCAAUUCGUACACUGGUAUUCUGCAAGGACUCAAGACAUCCGAGGUAGGCUAUUCAAAACAAGAUCUCAAAAAGUUUUCCUUAUUUUCCAGAAUAGCGCUGCGGUUCGGGAGUCGAUCAACCGGUUCGUGCAGCCAGUUGUCGAACUCAUCGUCAGAAGUUCUUCGAUGGACCCAGUGCCUCCUUCCGAAGCUCUCAUGGCCACGACUGCCGGACUCAUCGGUGAUUUGGUCGGACUCUAUGAGGGAGACAUUGUUCGGUACUUCAGCAAUGAAGCGGUGAGUCACGAACACAUCAGACAAACCGGAAAUGGGGAUAAUUUAGGUGACCCAUAUGCUGCAAAAGGCGAGAAAGUCGAAGGUUUCGAAGACGAAGUCGAUGGCGACUUGGGCGACGAAAGAGAUCAAGAAGGUAACGCAUGGGAUUCACAGCGCGUUUGAAUCAUUCCCAAUCAGUUUCAGCACACGAACAACGGUGCAGCCGCGUUCAGCUUCAACCGCUAA